CAUUCUAGUAAUUACUAGAAUAAUUCUAAUAACUUAGUAAUUACUAGAAGGAAAUCCGAGAUGGUGUAUUUUACUUAAAAACCAACCUUUAAAGCAUUAACCACUAAUUUGCCAUUACCUUUUAAUUUUCCAUUUAAUAAUAAAAUAGAUUUUGUUCAAAAGAAAUAAAUAAAAUUAAAAACAAAAAACUCUGUUCUUUUCUAGUUUACGACAAAAGAACAGAACACGGGUUCUUCUUCUCUAGUUUGUGAAGUGAGAGAACCUCCAUCAAAGGAGGUCCGACAAAUCUUUCUCUGAGACCUCUUUCUCCAUUCUUCAUUACAGUCUCUUCCACUGUGUAUCAGCUUCAUCUCUUUCCUCUUCCAUCAUAACUCAAUCUUGCCGGAGGAGAUUGUUGAAGAACUCGAUCCGCCAUCAAUUCUCUGUUACUUAAUCAGUGACACCCAAAUCAAAGGUAAUUCUCUGUUACUCUAUCGGUCGGAUUGAUUGCAAGUUGACCCUAAAUCCCCAAUUGAAAUUUUUUUUUGACGGCCCCAAAUUGAAAUUUGAAAACCCUAAUUUCUAAAUUGAAAAAUUGAUGACUUCUUUCUUUGUUUCGAGAUAAACUUUCCUGUGAGUUUAGAAAAAAAAAGACAAACUUUUCUGAAAUUGCUUGAUUUUGAAAACCCUAAAUCCCCAAUUUCCUUUAUCCUUCGAUAGUAAAUAUUUUUAAACUUAGUAUGGUUCUUUUGUUUGUUCUAUUUGCUUCCUGUGAUAUUAUGGUUCGUGCAGAUAUUAUAAUGAGUAAUAAUGUCAGCUUGUGUUCAUGACUUCACGAUUUAUUUUCAAACUGAGUAUUUUCAAAUUGAGUAAAUAUUUUCUAACUGAGUAAAAUUUAUGUUGUAUAUUCUUGUUCUAUUUCUUAUGUUUGUUCUAUUUGUUUUUUUUAGGGAAUGGCCUCAUCUUCGGGUAACAAGAAGUAUCCUCCGCGGCUUUACCAGAUUGGUAAAACACCGAAUCAAAGUAGGAGCAUGAACCACAGUUGUUUUCUAGGCAACUUACAAACGCUGAAAGAGAAUGUCGGCAAAGACGUUUGGGACGAGUUGAAAGAAUCAGCUGUAGGCGUGAUUAUCAAGCUGAAGGAGUUGGAUUACACUUGGUCUGCAAAACAUGUUCAUUACUUUCUCGUGAAUCAAUUGGCGGUUCAGAGCAGUCAUGAGGUUUGGUCUUUGAUAGUAGACCAGCCAAUGAGGUUCUCUUUGUAUGAGUUUGAAGAUAUUACCGGGCUGAAUUGUGAUCCCUAUGACACUGAAGAACAGUGGGAUGUGGCUCAUGAAGACUUUUGGUUGAAGAUGAAAGUUCCAAUUUCUGAAGGACCCAAGUUGAAUGAACUUCAAGCGCUUUUUUCGGUCAUCGGAAACUGGUCUAGAGAGGAGCGUGUAAUGGUUGGCUUAUUGUGUCUACUAUCCAUUGGGAUAUUUGGGAUUUCAAGCAAUAGUAGAAUACCUCUGCAUUUGGCGAAAAGGGUGAUGGAUCCAGCAGCUUUCCAGCGCUAUCCAUGGGGUCGUGUAGGAUUUUCCAGCCUUGUGGAUUCCAUAAAAAUGGUGACAUACGAAGUUGGGAAGAGCUACACACUACAUGGUUGUGUUCAUGCUUUGCUAAUUUGGAUAUAUGAGUCUGUGCCAGGUCUAGGAGAGUUAUAUGGCAAUCGGAUAGAGGAAGCUGAGGUUCCACUUCUGUCAUGGCAUGGUUCUCGUCAGCGUAUCAACUUCCCAAACUUCUGUGCACAAGAAAAGAAAAAAUAUCAGAAGAUUCGUGUAAGGCAUAUGAUUGUAAAAGCAAUGGAGGAUAGAUAUCCGAAAUGGGGUGAAGAUGAACCCCAUCAGGAUUUGGAUAACAUGAUAGUUGACAUCCUCAAUGAUCAGCUAAACGACAAGUUUUGGGAUGUAGUUCCAUCUACCAAGCCCCUGAAGAGAAAAACUCAUGUCACUGCACCUAGUGUUCCCGAUAGAGUGGAUGAGAGCCCCUCCACAAAACGAAAGAGGGAGAAAGAAGCUGCUCCAGAAAUGGAAGAAUCUCAUACUGAUAUGCCCACCAUCAACAUCACAAUACAAAAGUUGCUUGAGGCUGUUAACAACUUGAGUGGAAGACUAGAAACCAUGGAUGUUAGUGUAGCUGAAAGGGUUUCUAAGACAUUGGAAGCUUCUGUACAAGCUCAGAUGGAAGCUAGAAUCGGUUUAUUUGAGACUGAGCUCAAGAACAAGGUGGCCAUAUUACAGGAAGAAAUAAAUGUUCUUAAAGGGAAGGAUAAUGAAAAAACUCCAUCCGAUGCCGGCAACUCCAAAGCACACGAUGAAGACGACGCUUGUAGCAACUCAAUGUCAUGGAUGGUUCAGACAAAAAAAAGUUCUGUUGAUGGUUUACCAAUACAACGUGUCAUUAAAAAGGAGAAGAAUAAUAAGAAGACAAUGUCGGUGAAGGAAGAUGAAAUGCCAUUGAAAAAAGUGAAGACAGAGAAAGCAUUUAGUAUUCCCGAGCUAAAUGACCAAUCCAUUUCUUCAGAGGGAUGGGAGAAUCAUCUAAAUUGGGAGAAGAGUGUAAAGUGUAGAGAGGUCUUGGAAGCACUUUGUUCAAGUGUGGAGCCUAGACGCAGGCGAAAACCUCAGUUGACGAAGACUCAAGUUUGGCCUUAUGUAGGGAAUUCAACAGUGAAGCGUAUCAUAACUGCUGACUCUGUCUCUGAAGAAUCUUCUGACCCAUUAUCUAAGGUGGAUCCAGAGAAACUGCACACAGUAUUGGACUUCAUUAAGUCUGAUUCGGAAAAAGAUGAGUCUGGUUUUGCAGACAGAGGCGCAGUAUUUUAUUUGAGGUUGAUGAUACCGAGAGAAGCUUGGCCAAACAAUAAGUACGGCUGGUUGCAUGACACCGCUCCAUGCAGUCCCCAUCUCCAUAUUCUCCUAGAAUUGCAUUUCUCGAUCGUUGGUUUGUGCAGUCAUGGGUGAAUGACUACAAGAAGUCUCAUCAGACGCCAAAUGAGUUGUCAGAACGUUAUAGCAAGGCCUUUAAUGGAGAAUACCCAGAACAAUUUGUCACGGGUAAGAAGUGGCUUGCAGAUGUUGACACUCUCUUCCUCUGUCACCAUGUCAACGGCGAUCAUUGGGUUGCUUUAAGAAUUGAUCUUGUUAAGGAGGUAAUACAUGUGUAUGAUUGCAUACCAUCAGUGCUGAGUGAUAAGCAGUUGCACGAGGAGUGCAGGCCUUUCACGAAAAUGCUACCGGCAUUGCUCAACAAGAUGGUGGAGGAUCCAAAAUUAAGAACUAAGCGUGACAAGCAGUUCACCUACCGUAGGCACAAGAAGAUCCCCAAAAAUGAGGACCCAGGAGAUUGCGGCGUGUACAGUCUGAAAUAUAUUGAGUGUCUAGCUCUGGGGCGCAAUUUUGAUGGCUUAAGUGAUCAGAUUAUACCAGCACUGCGACUGAAGAUGGGAGCAGAUAUUUAUGGAGAGGUGGCUAUGGAGGAUGGAUGUAACUGGUAGGUUUGUGCUCGUCUUUGGAUUGAUGUAACUUGAAUUGGUUUUUGCUUUUUUGGAUGGAUGUAUUUUCGUUGGUUUUUUCUUGUUUUCGGAUGGAUGUAUUUUGGAUGU